UCUCUGUGCAGGAUCAUACACUUCAUACAUUUAGAAUUUUUAUUUCAUUCAUUCAAAGAAAAAGGUUAUUUAAUUUAGAUUAUUUAUUUUGGAAGACUCCACAUUGGAAUUUGCAAUUUACCUGUGUACUCGGAAGUCUGCGGCUCCGGGGACGCAGUUGACUUGGAGAGAGAUAUACAUUUAUUAAUGAUUAUAGACAAAGCAUAACUUUUAAAGUUGCAUCAUGCCAUGUUACAUUUCAGUGUGUUUGUACAUUUGGCUGGGGUUGUUACCUGGUCGGACAAGUGCAACAGUGAUUGAGGACAUCGAAGUAUUGGUGAUGUUGCCAAAAAACAACUCUUAUAUUUUCUCAAUAGCAAGAGUGGCCCCGGCAAUAGAGUAUGCAAAACAGAGGUUGAAAAUCGGAGGCGGUGUGUAUUCCGGACUUAAUUUCAAUUUACGCUAUGCGGAUUCUAACUGUGGCAAUGAUGCGCUCUUCUCCCUGGUGGACCGCUCCUGCGAGAAGAAGCCGGACUUGGUUCUCGGUCCGGUGUGUGAAUACGCUGCGGCGCCGGUUGUAAGGAUGGCUUCUCACUGGAACAUCCCGGUAAUAUCGACAGGUGCUCUUGCCAGCGGUUUUAGUGACAAGGAGAAAGAAUAUUCUCACCUGACCCGAAUCUCCCCGUCUUACCUAAAAAUGGCAGAAACAUUCUCGGCGAUGUUCCAUCACUUCAACUGGAAAGACGCGCUGCUGAUCUUCGAUGACGACAAAGAGGAGAGAAAUUGUUACUUCACUUUGGAAGGGGUGCACCUCAAACUCAUGGAGCAAUAUCAUACAGUCCACAUAGCGAUCAACACUAAAGAAGAGGGCCUGAACGCAGAUGACAUCAUCAACUACAUCUACGAGAGUGAAGUUGUUAUCAUGUGUGCGGGAGCAGACGUUGUCCGAGACAUCAUGCUAGCAGUUCACAGAAGGAGGCUCACCAACGGCAGCUACAUCUUCUUCAACAUCGAACUCUUCAACUCCUCGUCCUACGGCAACGGCUCGUGGAAGCGAGGGGAUAGGUACGACAGUGAAGCGCGACAGGCGUACUCUGCCCUCAACACGGUCACGCUGCUCCGGACGGUCAAACCAGAGUUUGACAACUUCUCCCUGGAGGUCAAGAGAUCAAUUCAGAAGGCUGGACUACCGGACUGUGACGACUGUGACAAUAUCAACAUGUUUGUGGAAGGGUUCCAUGAUGCAUUGCUGCUGUACGCUCUGGCGUUGCACGAAGCCAUAAGGAACGGUCUCACCAAGAAGGACGGAGCAGAGAUCACCUACCGCAUGUGGAACAGAACGUUUGAAGGCAUCGCAGGCCAGGUGUCUAUGGACUUCAACGGGGACAGAUACGGAGACUUCUCUGUGAUGAGCAUGACCAACACAGAGGCAGGCACCUAUGAGACGGUGUGUAACUACUUUGGUGUGAACGAGAGUUUCCAGAUGCUUCCGGUGUUCAACCCUGAACUCUUCACACUGAAAGGACGGCACAGAGUGCACCACACAGACCUGCCAGACAAAUCAUGCGGACUAGGAGUAUCUGCUGUUACUGGGAUCAUAGUGGGAGCCCUGCUGGGGACAGCACUGCUCAUGGCCUUCUACUUCAUCAGGAAGAACUACACUAUAACCGUUGAGAGACGCACAGCCAGGGAGGAACGUGACACGGGGAAACAUCGUCAGCUACGAGAAGAUUCUGUCAGAUCCAUCUUCUCGGCGGCGUAGAGCCUCACCGCGUUCGUCUGUGGCUCCUGACGGUUCCGUUCCAGCCAAGCAUCAUGGGAAUGUGACCAAAGACUCGACACACUGUACCCU